GGUUUCGUAGUAUUUUUAUAUUACUGUUAUUAAAGGAUACAUAGAAAAAAAUGUCUGGAAAACUUCGUUUGUAUAAGGAAAAGCUGGAGGGCUAUAAUCACUUCUACUCCAUCGUAAGAACAAUUAAAAUGGUCACAAUGGCGAAGUUCCGUCAGCUUCAGACCCGCAUGAAGACGCGUGAUUACACAUUGCGUUAUACAGAGAAGGCCUUCAGCACUGCCAGUACUACGGCGCAUGAAGCCGCUGUAAAGACUAAAAGCAAACAGGCUUGCAUUCCCGUCAUGACGAAUAGAGGUUCCUGUGGUGCUCUUAAUAGCAAUGUGCUAAAAACUAUUGACUUAAUGUCGGACGGCAAAAUGGUACUAAUGCCUUUGGGAAAAAAAGGUAUUGAGACUUUGUCGAAACUAUACCCCGAUACAUUCGGUUAUGGCAUUAUAAAUGAUAUGAAAGAGCCUAUGCAUUUUGCGUAUGCGAGCUAUGUAUGGGAAAACGUGAAUGCUCUUUGUCCUGAUGCUGAUGGUUUUCGAGUGAUUUUUCAUCGCUGCAUCUCGUCUGGUUUACAGCGUCAGUGCUGUUACACUAUUCCGUGUUAUGAUAAAUGGAAAACGGACCUCGUCGAUGCUUCCAGUUCAGAGAAUCAAAAGCAUCGUUAUCUUUUUGCUAAUGCACUUCUCAACGAAGAUGAGGAACUAAUGCGUGAUUUUUACGAUUUUCAUGCCAGCCUUGCUAUUUUGAAUGCUGUUUGUGAAAACGAGCUUUCCGAGCAGGCUGCACGCCUUGUUGCUGUUGAGGGUCAGCUUUCCAACAUCACCACUCUCCAGCAGCUGACAAGCUCGUUAUAUAACAAAACGCGACAGUCCAGCAUCACCUCCUCACUCAUCGAGAUUAUUUCAGCAAUGACCUCACUGGAGAGCAACUCGGCGAAAGGUGUUCAGCGCACGAAUUUCUGGGAGAAUACUAGUAAGAAGUAAGUAAAAUAGCAUAUCGUCGAUGCAUUCUCGUGGAAAACACUUAGUUUAGCAUUUUAGUUUCUUCUAGGAAGUGUACAAGGAAUAUCGAAACAUGUGGGAGUUUUCUUCUCUUCGAUUUU